CGACUACAGCAAGCCGACCUGUACAGUACUCCAGGUGACAACGUCGACGUCCUCAAUACACAAUUCGAAAAUGGCAUCCGGUGCGCGAUACUGUCCUUCUUGUCUCUCCUCGAUAUCACGCGCCGCAACGAAUCAGACGCGAACAGCAACGAUAGUUCCAUCCUUUCUCCUUCCGAUUCAGCAUCAAACACAAAUCCGCACAGCAGUCCAAUCUGCCAAUGCCGCAAAAUACAAACGGAAAGAUGUGCCCGCCUCGCAAAAGCGAAAGAAAGCGAAGACAACAUAUGACGCACCCAACCUAAAAGAUGCCAUCCAAUUCUCUCUCGUAGAUGCGAUGCGCUAUCUCCGCGCCGCAGAAGUCGGCCGCUCCCCCAGCUCAUCCAAAUACGAACUCCACCUCCGCCUCAAAACACCCAAAAACGGCGCCGUAGUCCGAAACCGCCUGCGCCUCCCUCACCCCGUCAAAACCGACCUGCGAAUCUGCGUAAUAGCCCCCGAAGACAGUCCCCAAGCAAAAGCAGCCAAAGAAGCUGGCGCCUCCCUCGUAGGCGAAGACUCCAUCUUCGAAGCCGUCAAAGCCGGCAACAUCGAGUUCGACCGAUGUAUCGCACACGUCGAUUCCCUUCCCAAACUCGGUAAAUCCGGCGUAGCGCGAAUCUUGGGCCCGAGGGGUUUAAUGCCUUCGGCGAAAUUGGGGACUGUGGUGAAAGACGUGGCGGCGACGGUGAGGGAUAUGGUGGGUGGAAGUGAAUAUCGUGAGAGAGCGGGUGUGGUGAGGUUGGCGAUUGGGCAGUUGGGGUUCAAGCCGGAGGACGUGCAGAGGAAUAUCAAAGCUUUUGUGGAGCAAGUGAGGAAGGAUAUUGCUGGGGUUGCGGAUAAGACGCCGAAGGAUAUACAUGAGGUUGUGUUGUCGAGUACGAAUGGGCCGGGUUUGAGUUUGAGUGGGGAGUUUAGGGGGACGGGCUCGAUUGAUCCGAGUGAAUUGGCUGUGAGUAAUUGAAGAGAAACGCUAUGGAAGAGGUGAGAGCAUGGGACGAACCAAGGACAUGAAAACCGCACACUCAGCACGAGGAUCACUGAAAGUUCCAUACGAGAAGGGAGAGCUCGAGCGCGCUGUGUCGCGAAGAGAAAGAGCAGGGGAAGAAGAUGCAUGGAAUUGUAAAUUUAUGACAGAAAGAACUGUACAGUCAAUGAGACGCUCUAUCUAUACUUUGCGUUGGUGACUUCCUUUCUGACUUAGAAAGCCAUGCAUAUAAAUCAUGGC